CGAAACACCACCUCUACUCCCGAUCCGGUCCCAUAGAAGUCUGUUGUUGCCGGGUUGGGGGGGACGAAAUUAAAAAAGAAAGAAAAAAGAUUUCCAGAAAACCAUCACUCCUGAGCCCCUCCCAGUCCAGUGAUUUUCGGAUUCGAGGCUUGACAAAGAGACCGACCAUUCAAGAUGAAAGUAAUCAGCGCUGCAAUGCUUAGCGCCCUGUUCUGCACCGCUGUGUCAGCAUCUUUGAAAGUUAAAGAGGAACACAGGACAGCCUUCUUUGGGGAGGACAUUCACAUCGAUGUCCCGCCUGGGAACCUUGGUGAGGUUGUGUUCCAACCCAGGACCAAUCACUCCUUCGAGGUGGUUCUGCUGCAAGCAGGGCUGGUGAUGAAUCCUCGGGGCCGCUUCAACUCUCUGGGCCACUUGGUGCUGGAGGACGUGCAGGAAGAAGACGAGGGGGUGUACAUCAUCAAGAACACCCACAGCCCCAACACAGCCAAGCACCUCAUUCUCAUUGUCAGGGACUGUGCUUUGGAGCAAGUGGUGAAGUACGGAGAUCCUUACUCCAUCCAUCUCAACCACGUGGAGGGCCCCAUCACCCUGGAGUUCAGGCCUGCUCUGGUUCAGCCCAAUCACACUGAGUUACAUCAUACAACAGAGCCACCAGCCCUGGUGCUGUACAACCAGAUGGCGGUGCUGGCAGAAGAAUAUGUGGGCCGUCUCAGCGUGUCGGAGAAACAGGUGACGCUGCACUCGGUCAGGAUGACGGACGAGGGGAGCUUUACAGUGCUGGACCGUGAGGGCAAAGUCAGGAGGAGGAACUGUCUGAAUGUCAGAGAGCACCAGGACUUCAUGCACAUCUCCCAUGGAGGAAACCUGAAGAUGAAACUUCACUUGCACCAUUCCAAUGUUAACAUUGUCUACAGGCCCAAAUCCGACAAUCAGGACCGGCUCAUCCUGGAACAGGGGGUUCUGGUGACGCCGCUGGACCCUGCGCUGGAGGGCAGGCUGACUGUGGAGGGGUCAGUGCUCAACAUGAAGAAGGUCACCGUGGCCGACACGGGUAUCUUCAAAGUGACAGACCUGGAUGGGUUUACCGUGGCUCAUGUCUACAUAGAGAUAGCUGCCUAUAAGCUGCCUCCCCUCACUGUAGCCAUCCUCUCCCUGCUGAGCGUGAUCGCCUUCAUGCUGCUGCUGUGCCUGCUGUCCUGUGUCUAUAGAGUGCACAAGAGAAACGAGAAGGACAAGAGGCUGAUUCUCCUCGCUCAGCAGGCCGGCAAGGGAGAAGGCGAGGCUUUCAGACAGGUGGUCCAAGAUGCUUACACCAGGUUCACUGAGGAAUCUCUGAUGCAGUCUGUGUGUGAGAAGCCCUCGGAGAGCACAGAGGUCACCAUAAAGGGCCUCGAGGUGUCCAAACAGGGCCGCUACCACACCCUCUUCUCAGACAAUUUUCUGGAGAUGAGCGACUCUGGGGUGGAGUUUACCUCCUCUGGCCUCCCACUGGACAGUGACACGGAUGCUGCGAUGACCUACGCCUCCCACAAGCCCCUCCUGAAUGCUGUCUCCCCUACAGCAAUGACUGAAGAAGUUCCCUUCGACAGCCCUGAGGCCACCCUGGCCCUCCACGGAGACCUCAGUGCCAGCCGGACCCCUGAUUCCGCCAUGAGUGCCAGCCCCUCCUCCAAUCCUCGCUCACUUGCAGCUGCCACCCCCGAUGGCAGCCUGCACAGUGCUGCGUCGCCGGGAACAGCCUCCAGGGGCACCGCUGGGUUAGAUUUAGCCAAGACAGAGGGAGGGGCCGAGAGCGAAGACGUUGGGCAGAAGGAGGAAUCAGCCCAGAGCACCUGAGAGGAUGCACCAGGGUGUGUAUUUUGUAGCUCAUGGUCCUUUAUACAGUAAUGACAUCCACAACAAUCUGGCUCUGUCCAUCAUAUCCAAACACCACGAGUCCUUGAUCACUGCAUUUGAAACAACAUCACAGACAAAAUAUUCAUGCUUGGAUUCAGAUGUCAUAUUAGCCUAAAAGAAAAUGAUAAUAAAAAAAGGCAGUUGCACAAAAUGCACAAUACAUGUAAUGCACUGAGCACUGAACAAUUUGAUGCAAAAGACUAACCCCAAGCUCUCAAACUAAAAAAGAACAACAAAGCAUUCUGUGCAUAUGGAAAUUGUAUGCAUUUAAAAUAAACAUUAAAGUACAUCAUGGUUCAGAGCUACAGGGAAAUGCUGAGGUUAGAGUAGGCUCACUGCAUGCGAGCUUCAACGGGCCGAAGUCGCACAGGCUCUAAAAGAAGCUAUGAUGAUGUGAAAAGGGGAAAACCCUCACAGCACUUUCAGGAAAACUCCUUAAAGGGAUCAAAUGAUUUCACCUCCUGACGAAAGGUCGUGUGAUAGUUUUGACAAUUGGAGUCAGCACGCUCCGAGGAAUGAGACAUUAUUAACUAAGACCAAGGCGACUAACAACAACAGCGAAGAGCAUCUCCUGUAUUGAGCUGAAUCUCAGUGUGUUACAACUGACAGCACUUUUGUCUGCUCUCAUGAAAUCAGACAAACACCGCGUUGAUUGCAUUUCAGCCCUCCCACACACAGACUCUAUUAUUAACAAUGUGAGUAUGUCAGAAAGCCUCUCAGACAGAAGUGCUUGUGUCAGCUCUCGUUCACCGAUAUCCAUGAGAAAAACGUUUAUUUUCUCCUAAAGAAACCUGCACACAAACGAGCUCUGUAGAUUGAAAAGCACCUCUGCUAUGCGAGUGUUGGUGGUUGUUUUCCUUUCUCUCAUAUCUCUGGUGUCAAAUAGCCACUCAAUCAUCUAAAGAAACCUGUCUAAAACAUCCUCCUCAUCUCACUCACGCUAAUGAUGAAUCCCAGAGGAAACACCCACAAGAAGGACGCCUAACUAUAGAAACUAUCCUCAUCGCUUUUAUUUCUUCUGGAUUUGUCACAAGUCACAAGCCCUGUCAAAGCAAAAAUAAAAUUAAGAGAAGACUGCGCAACACUUCUGAGACUUUUUGAACAGCUCCCUAGAACAUAAUUACACCAUAGAGUGAGGAGCGGCGAUAAGAGAGACGACAGAGAUGGAACAGGGUACUAUUCAGGGAGCAGAUAAAUGACUAGCGUGAUUUAAAGCGUCCUAUUUUCAUCUGGGCUCCCAUCAAUCGGACGGAGCUCUUAUUAUUGUAGCCCAGUUGUUUGUCAAAAUGAAGUGACUGGAAAGCAGUCAGAUCAAUGUGAGAUAACAAUGCAGCAUUACAACCCCAAAGGAAUAAGACUGAAUAACAGUGGUUGUGAGAGGGGUGUGUGGGAGUGUGUGAGAGUGGUGUGUGUGUGUUACAAAGCAACCAACAAUAUUAGACACUCAGUGCUCUGCAUGGAGACAUGAUCCAUUUCAACUCGUGAUACAUAGGAAAUGAAAAAGAGGAGGGCAUCCUAUAAAAAUCCUGACUCAACAGUUAAUAUCAAUAACUCAAUAAAAUGGUGAGUCCUUACAUUUGCUGCUCUAUGAAUCCAAACCCACCAACUGAGCAACAUACUAUUGAGUGAUGAUAUUGUACUAUACCAGUAAUAGCGUGUAUGUAUAGUAUAGGAAGGUCAAAUGUUUACAACCACUCCAGUUUAAAUGUAUAGAGAUAUUCUUUACGCCUUUUUAUCAAGCCAGCGGCUUUGAGGUCUUGAAAUAAAUUCAAUUUAUUAUUAUUAAAUCCCAAUAAGUCACUUUAGAUGUGUUUACUGUACAGACCUGUGAAGCAUGUGUUUGAAUAAGGACAUGCUGCUA